AGAGAAGAGCCUUCCUUGCCAACGCCUAUUCUCAUUGUCACAAACAAUCUCACACGAAAAGACUCCAUUUUUUUCCCACGUCCAAGCUCUGAUAUUUCUCUCUCUCUUUCUCAAGAAAAUGGAAACGGAUUCAAUCACUAUCGACGAUCUCUACGGCAUUUCUCCGGUGAAGUCCGAUCUCCGCCGCGAACUGCCGGAAUCCGACGUCCGUAUUCUCACCUCCGGUGGACUUAAAAUCCCCGUCCACUCUAGCGUUCUGGCUUCGAUUUCGCCGGUGUUCGAGAGCAUCAUAGACCGGCCACGUAAGCACCAGGGCUCCGAGAAAGUCAUUCCGAUCCUCGGCGUUCCUCGCAUCGCCGUCGUUUCGUUCGUUCGGUUCCUCUACUCCUCUAGGUGCGCGGAGGAGCAUUUGGAGAAGUAUGGAAUCCACCUCCUGGCGCUGUCCCAUGUUUACCUGGUCCCACAUCUGAAGCAGAUCUGCAGCAAGCACUUGGCUCAACGGCUGACGACAGACAACGUGGUGGACGUCCUCCAAUUUGCCAGGCUCUGCGACGCGCCCGAUCUUUACCUCAAGUGCAUGAAGCUCGUUUCUAACCAUUUCAAGGCCGUGGAGAGCACCGAGGGAUGGAAAUUCCUCCAAGACCACGAUCCCUGGCUUGAGCUUGAAAUCUUGCAGUUCAUCGACGAGGCCGAAACGAGGAGGAAGAGGACAAGAAGGCACAGGGAAGCACAGAGCCUGUAUUUACAGCUGAGCGAGGCCAUGGAGUGCUUGGAGCACAUAUGCACAGAAGGGUGCACGAGUGUUGGGCCGUAUGACGUGGAGCCCGAGAGGAAGAAAGGCCCAUGCAGCAAAUACGCCACGUGUUAUGCUAUCCAGCUGUCAAUUAAACACUUUGCCACGUGUCAGAAGAGGGUCAAUGGAGGUUGCUUACGUUGCAAGCGGAUGUGGCAGCUUCUGAGGCUCCACUCGUCCAUCUGUGAACAAUCCGACUCAUGCAGAGUUCCUCUCUGCAGGCAAUUCAAGCUUAGAAUGUUGCAAGAGAAAAGGAGAGAUGAUUCGAGAUGGAAACUACUUGUGAAGAAGGUCGUUUCUGCCAAAACCAUAUCUUCAUUGUCUCUGUCUAAAAGGAGGAGAGAAGAAGAAGAAGAAUAAGAGCAAAGAGUGUAAUGUUAUAAAAAAAAAAGUCGUUUUCCUUGCUACAAGUUUUAGUGGUGACAAGGGUCAGAGAAGUACUGCGAUAUUUGUUUGCAAAGUGACAAAAGAGUGUAUUAUAAAGGAUCACUUGUAAAUGGGAUUUUCCCUUUUCCUUUUUUUUAUUUUUAUUUUUAUAAA